AUGCCCGCCCUUUCACUGCACCUGCUCUCCCUGCACCCAUCGAUAAACUCCAUCGACUUCCUCUCUGAGCUCAAAAAGGCCGCCAGCACAAAAGUCAUCGUCGCAUCCCGUCCCCGUCGGACCAUUAUUUCGCCCACACUCCUCGACAAGGAUCCUCUCCUCUCAGAAAAAUGGGAUAUCCUUCUUCUCCUACAACCACCAAACCCGCGCGAACCGCUGUUCCCGCCUGCUCUUGCAUCGCAUAUCAAAACCGAGUAUAAGAUCCACGUAGGGAUCCCGAGCCGGCUGCUGAACACUUAUCCAGAGCGCGAUGCGGAGCUGAAGAGGGAGAAGAAUGCACAGCGAGUGCCGUUGACAGGAAGUCUGGACAAAUUGAAAGAAAAGCAGGGAAAUGACGGACAAGGCCAGAACCUCGAAGUCAGUCCGGAACUGCUCGAGUUCAUGCAGGAGCUCACCAAAGAGCACGACAAGCCGGUGACGAUGUUGAACCUGCUGCAUUUCCAUUUCCCCGGUGGGAAGGAGAAUUACUUCAAAUAUGGACAGGGCUUCAAUCCUGUUGCUGCAAAACGUGGCGGAAGCGCCAAACUAGUCGGUAAUGUCAUUAGACCGGCAGCGGGGCGCUCUGCGGCCCCGGACUCGGACUCCGGCUUCUCAGACUCGAGGGGGAGCGUUGACAGACCCGAAGAGGACUGGUGGAAUGAGAUUUCGAUCGUGCACUACCCGUCUAUUAGGCAUUUCUGUGAUAUGCUGGCCGCGGAGGAUUAUCAGGAGGUGAACAGGAAGUAUAGACUUGGGGCGUUGAAGGACACUUUCCUGCUGUGUACCACGGAGUUCGACUUGGAGGGGGAGGCGGCGAAAUUGUGA